UAAUGAAAAAUACAAAAUAUAUACAUCCAUGCUAUAUAAAAUUCAACCUCAAGUACAUUACUGUAGUAAAGUACAAUUUAUUAAAUUAUUUAAUUAAUGUAUAAUAUUAAUUAUUAAAUUAAUGUAUAGUGUUAUAUUCCUAUAAUACAUAAGCUAGCAGUAUAGCUUUCACAUCCAGAAAAAAAUAAAAAGAAAAAAGAAAGCUUUACUGCUUAUAAAGGUCUUGGAUAGCAUCCAGAACCACUUUCUGAUUACAAUUAGCUUAAAGUCUUUCUUUGGCUUAAACCAAAACCCUAAAAUAAUCAAUAUUAGUUAAAGAGAGGUGAAGAGAUAUGGGGAGAGGGAAGAUUGUGAUUCGAAGAAUUGAUAAUUCAACAAGCAGGCAAGUGACUUUCUCCAAACGUAGAAAGGGAUUAAUUAAGAAAGCAAAAGAGUUAGCAAUUCUUUGUGAUGCAGAAGUUGGACUUAUGAUCUUUUCUAGCACUGGAAAGCUCUAUGAGUUUGCAAAUACCAGCAUGAAAUCGAUUAUUGAGCGAUACAACAAGACAAAAGAAGAGCAUCAACAAUUGUUGAAUCCAACUUCAGAAGUUAAGUUUUGGCAAAGGGAGGCAGCAGUCUUAAGGCAGCAACUGCACAACUUGCAAGAGUCUCAUCGGCAAUUUAUGGGAGAACAACUCUAUGGUUUAAGUGUCAAAGACCUACAGAGUUUAGAGAAUCAAUUGGAAAUGAGCUUAAGGGGUAUACGUACAAAAAAGGAACAAAUCUUAACUGAUGAGAUACAAGAACUUAGCAGAAAGGGUAACCUUAUUCAUCAGGAAAACGUAGAAUUGUAUAAGAAGGUAAACACCAUACAUCAAGAAAACAUCGAGCUAUAUAAGAAGGUUUAUGGCAUAAGGGAUGAAAAUACAAUAACUGGAAAUUCCUUCAUCCUGUAUGGUGGUUUCAACUGUGAAGAAAACUCCAACAUCCCCACCCAUCUCCGAUUAAGCCAGCCUGAACAGCCAAACUACGAGGCAGCACCUAGGGCAACCAAGUAAUGACUACAAUUGAAUCGAAGCAUCAGAGAUUGAAGCAAAUGUUAAUCUUCCUUAGAUCAAAAGUAUAAACAUAAUCACCAUCAUGUUGUGCUUCUCAAACUUACUAUGAGGUGAAGGACACAGGGUAAUACACAAAAGGAAUGUGGAGAGACAUGUCAGUUGAGGUAGGUUUAAAGGUUUACAUGGUAC